AUGGACUUGGCAAAUAUUGGAUAUCGGCGUUUGAUCGACCGUGCUCUCUGUGAUAAAGACAUGAAGGCAAGAUGGAAUUCUUGUUACGCCAUAAGCUGCGCGUUGUCAAAUGAAAAUUUGGAUAGUUCAACUCUCGAAAGAUGGUCGAAGGAAGCUACGUGCGAAUUGCAACCGUUGAUGACGGAUUUCAAAAAUUUGAAAGUUCGGAUCCGAGCUGCGGCCGUUGUUUUGGCAGUUUCCGAAAGAUCCUCGUUUGGCGAUACUUUCCUCGGGCUGUGGAAGGCUUUGAUUUUCGGCAUCGAGAACGUGCGAAAUAUCGCCGAUUUUUGCGAGUAUCAGCACGUCAGUGGCGUUGUUGAACAGGCGUACAAGGACUUUUAUUCCACGUACGACGCGGAUAAGGCGUAUGAGAAGAUGAAGACCUAUGGGUAUUUCCAGGCUGUUCCGAAAGGCGGGUUUUCCAAGAAGGAAGAGAAGGAGGAGAAGAAGGAAUAA